AUGCUGCACGUUGUGGGCGGCCCGUCGUGGGGGAUGGCGCGCGCGCUUGGCGUGCACGUCGUGGACUGCGCGGUGCUCGGCGCGUUGCUGUGGUACCUCCCGCUGUAUUCGGGCAAGCCGUACCACACAGGGUCGCAGCGCAGCCUGCGCUUCACGGAGUUCGCGCGCAACUACUUGUUUGCCGACGCGGUGAAGUACUUCAACUUCCGCGUGAUUGUGGAUGACCCCGCCGUGCAGAUGCGGGACGACACGUCGCAAUACCUGUUCUCCUUCCACCCCCACGGCGUGUUCCCCGGCACGGCGCUGUUUGCGUCUCUGACGGCGGAGUGGGCCCUCAAGGUCGGCGUCAAUGCGCAGCGCUAUGUGUCGACGCAUGUCGCGAGCGUUGUUUUGAACGUGCCACUGCUGCGGGACUUCAACCUGCGCCUCGGUGCGCUGUCAGUGAGCCGGCGCUCUGUGGAGGCGAGCCUCGCGCGCGGCAACAGCGUCCUUAUCGUGACGGGUGGCCAGGCGGAGAUGCUGCGCGCGCAGGUAAGCUCGGAGAGGAUGAUCCUGAUCACGCAGCACACUGGUUUCAUACGGCUAGCCAUCGCGUCACGGGUGCCGCUGGUGCCGCUGCUGUGCUUUGCGGAGAACAACGUGCUGGGGAUGCUGCAGUUUCCGCGCAUCCAGCGCCUCUCGCUCAAGCUCCUGGGCUUUCCGUUCCCGGUGAUUCCCUUUGGCCGAUUCGGUCUGCCUCUGCCGUUCCGCACGCCGCUGACGCUUGUGGUGGGGCCGCCGCUUGCUAUUCCCGAGGGUGCGGACGAGAACAACCCCGAUGACAUGCGGCGCGUGUCGGAGGCGUACUUCCAGUCGCUGAAGGACCUGUUCUACCGCCGCCGCGCUGAGGCCGGGUACCCUGGCAUGGAGCUCGUACUGCUGGACGACGAGGAGGCGCGGAAGCGCAAGCAGGCCUGCGAGGCCGCGGCGUCCACAGCGAAGAGGGCAGCGUAG